GCCGCUUCUAACUCAGUGACAAGCAGCAGCAGCUCCUCAGUGGAACUAUGGCCAGCGGCAAAGUGCGUCUGUUCUCAGCUGUCUGCUGCCUCCUCAUCCUCAGUGCCUUCAUCGACAGCACACACUCAGCAAGCUGUUGCCUGAGCUACAUCAGGCGGCCCAAGUCCUGUCAAGUGAUGCUUGGAUACACCAUCCAGACCAUCACUCAGUCCUGUGACAUCAACGCCGUCAUUUUUCACGUUCAUGGCAGGUUUUUGUGUGCUGACCCGAGAGCGGCGUGGACUCGAAUUGGAAUGAAGUGUAUUGAUGACAGAAAAACAGCGACAUUUCCAUCAUCUUAGAGUCUCCCCAGACGUUCCUCUUGUGAAGUCAUCACCUAGUUUGCAUGCACUUGUUGUAUAUUAUAUUAUCACAUUCUGUUUCAUAAACAGGCGAAGGUAGUAACGAC